AUGUCACAAAAGCACCCCGAGUCUCCUCCAUUUUUUGACUUCAUUGUGACCCCGGAGACCACACAAACCGCUCCGAAACAGGACUGUGGAGUUCGGACUACAACGUCUCCCGCUAUCAAAAAUGCCCCUCUUCCUGCUGACGGUGCCGGAAACGACACAUGGUCUAACCUCCUCCUCUUUUCCUUAUUGAUUGGUGUGCCCUGGUUUAUAUCCUACCAACUGGGCGGUGGCCUCUACUUCGCCAUUUUCAUUGCAGUAUGCACCGCAAUCCCUAUCCUCAUGGCCUUUUGGACGAUUUUCUCCUCCAUGUCCCCCCGUAUGAAUGAAAAGGCAAAGCUUCCGGGUCGGCCUGUUGAGUAUUAUCUCAAUUUUCAUAAAGAGAGCGAUCGCGCCCGGUGGAAUGGCAAGAAGAAAAUCCCCAUUGAAGUCUUCUACGAGAAGUAUUUCCGUGGUGAGGUGGAUUUCAAGAAUGGGGAUUGCUUGGAGAACCUCGAGUAUCGGCAUGAUUGGGCCAGCUUCAGCUUUUCAUGGGGCGUAUUUAAGCAUUUCCUGUUUGGGUUUGUACCUGAACUCAUCGUUCAUUCUCGCUCUCAAGACGAGGAACAGGUGAGCGGCAAUUACGAUCGCGGCGACGAUUUCUACGCAUGGUUCCUCGGCCCGCGUAUGAUCUAUACCUCUGGGCUUAUUGGCGACAUCAACAAGGAAGAAUCCCUCGAACAGCUUCAGGACAACAAACUUACUGUAGUCUGCGAAAAAAUCGAUUUGCAACCGGGCGACACCAUGCUGGACAUCGGCUGUGGCUGGGGAACUCUAGCUACCUUCGCAAGUGUCCACUACAAGGCCCAUGUCACUGGUAUCACGUUAGGACGCAACCAGACGAAAUGGGGCAACACUACCCUUCGCAACGCUGGUAUCCCUGAGUCUCAAAGCAAAAUCCAUCGUCUGGAUUAUCGUGACUCUCCGCGGAUUCCGGGAGGAUACAAGAAAAUUACUAGUCUUGAAAUGUCGGAACAUGUGGGCGUUCGCCAUUUCCGCGGCUUUUUGAAACAGGUCCACGAUAUGUUAGAUGAUGACGGUGUCUUCUAUUUGCAAUAUUCCGGUCUUCGAAAGUACUGGCAGUACGAGGACUUGAUCUGGGGCUUGUUUAUGAACAAGUACGUUUUCCCAGGAGCAGAUGCAAGCACGCCUCUCGGAUGGGUCAUUGAUCAACUUGAGGGAACGGGAUUUGAGAUCAAGGGCGUUGAUACUGUCGGCGUUCAUUACUCUGCUACCCUUUGGCGGUGGUAUCGCAACUGGGUUGCAAACCGUGAACACGUGGAGGCGAAGUAUGGUCCGAAGUGGUACCGAACCUGGGAAUGGUUCCUUUCUUGGGCCACCGUUGUCUCCCGCCAAGGAGGUGCCACAUGCUACCAGAUCGUCCUGGUGAAGAACAUCAAUUCUACGCACCGAGUGGAUGGCAUUCCGAGUCAGUUCAAUAUCUCCGGUGGGAUUAGAUCGGCGAUCGAGAAGAUUGGAAAGAUGCCCAGUGCAUUUAUCCCUUAA